CUAAAUGGUGGGGAGUUUGGAGAUAAGGUCGAAGACCGGUUGAUAAACCGUUUCGUUUCAGUCAGUGACUGUAGUUUGCGAUGGUAGUCGUCGACAGAAGCGAAUAUCCUGAGGUGGUCGAGUUCCCGGUCGAUGGGCCCUCCCGGGAGAAGCUGGAUCGGCUCAGGACAACUUUCUUAGAGAAGUUCGGCUCGGAGCCCCAGAUCUUCACGAGGGUGCCGGGCCGGGUGAACCUGAUCGGCGAACACAUAGACUACUGCGGCUAUUCCGUCUGUCCUAUGGCUAUCGAGCAGGAUAUCGUCAUCGCGGCCUCCUCUCUCUCUGGUGACGGCCCUUUCCUCCAGGUAACCAACACCAAGGAAGAGCAUAAAGGUGCCUUGAUACCCGACAGGGAUUUUACAAUUUCGAUUGAACUCCAAGGCUGGGUGAGUUACGUUAUGUGCGGUGUAAAAGGAGCAAUGUCGGUGUUGAGUUCCCCACCUGUCAGGAUGGUAAUGGCUGUCUCUGGAACUGUACCAGAAGGAUCUGGGCUUUCAAGUUCUUCGGCACUCGUUUGCGCUUCAUUCCUGACAACUACUCAUCUCAACAAUAUGAAGUUGAACAAGACAAAAUUGUCAGAAUUGAGUGCCUGCUGUGAACGGUUUAUAGGGAUGGAAGGAGGUGGGAUGGAUCAGGCUAUAGCCUUCUUAGCUACAAAAGGCUGUGCUAAACAUAUUAUGUUCAACCCCGUGAGGACGCAGGAUGUUAAACUCCCACAAGAGGCUGUAUUUGUAAUCGGUUCUAGCCUUGUUAGGAAGAACAAAGCUGAGUCUUCUGAGUACAACACAAGGGUUGUCGAAUGCAGGCUUGCUUCGCAAUUAAUAGCAAAGAAAUGCCAUUUGAACUGGAAGGAGAUAAGAACAGUUGUAUCAGUUCAAAAUGCUCUUGGAGUCUCUUUAGACGAGCUGUUGGACCUUGUUGACAAACAUCUUCACAAAGAUCCUUACACAAAAGAGGAAAUUUGCAAAGAAUUAGAGGUUGACGAGAAAGAGCUGAAUAAUGUGAGCCUCACAUCUAACACACUGUCGUUGACAAUGUUUAAACUUCACCCAAGAAUAAGUCAUGUUAUUUCUGAAGCUAAUCGAGUUAAUCUUUGGCUUAAUGAAGAAUCUAUUGAAGGUCUGGGCCAUUUGAUGAACAAGUCGCACCAGUCGAUGAGAGAUUUGUACGAAGCGAGUGACCCCGCUUGUGACAAGCUUGUUGAAAACGCCCUAUCGGCUGGAGCUCUUGGUGCAAGAAUAACUGGGGCAGGAUGGGGAGGAUGCGUUGUAGCUCUGACAACGGCAAAUCACGUCGAUAAAUUUCUCAAAGAACUGGAAUGUUCAUUUUACUCGAACUACCAGGGACCCAUUGACGAAGUCCUGUUCAAAACAGAACCUCAAAACGGUGCAAACAUUUUUAAGUCAAAAUUGUUUUAAAGCACAAUGGACUGUAAAUUGUAUUUUGGUCAAACAUUCCAAUAUAAUAAUUCACAGUGUUA